ACACUGUCGGAGGCACGUCCUCCCCUCUUCGUCUGACGUAAUUCUUUGUUUACAUUUUCCAAUAGUUCUUCAGUAUUACAUUUGAGCUCUAACUGUCGACAGUGUCUGCGUUAAUUUUGUUAAAUUCUCUAGAAUAAUGAAACUAAUCGGUGUGAUUGAUGCUGGAACGAAUAAAAUUCGAUUUGUGAUUUAUCAAACUCCAAGUUUUGAAGAAUUAUGUUCGCAUGAAUUGAGAAUUAAGCAAAUUUCGCCCAAGCAAGGAUGGUUGGAACACGAUCCACAAGAAAUUAUAAGUGCAGUUCGAGAAUGUGCAAAGGUCGCAAUGCAUUUAUUACCAAAUCACGGGUUUUCCAAAUCUGACAUUGCAAGUAUCGGAAUAACGAAUCAAAGGGAAACUAUCGUGAUGUGGAAUAAAAAAACAGGCGACCCUUUACACAAUGCAAUAGUGUGGAAAGACACGAGAACGAUGACAUCGGUAGAUGAAAUAUUGCAAAAAUUGAAUGUUGAUAAGGAUCACUUCCGAGAAUUAUCAGGGUUGCCUGUGUCUUCCAUUCCGUCGGCAUUAAAAAUUCGAUGGCUUAAGAAAUUUGUUCCAAGUGUUCGUGAUGCAUGUCGUGAUGGUCUUUGUCUGGCUGGUACAAUUGACAGUUGGAUUGUUUGGAAUUUAAUAAGAGGCCUUCAUGUCACAGAUUGUACCAACGCAAGUCGUACCUUGCUUAUGAAUUUAUCAACAUUAAUGUGGGAUUCUCAACUGACUAAAGCUUUUAAAAUUGAUGACACGAUUCUUCCCGAAAUUAAAAGUUCGUCAGAAAUUUACGGACGAAUCAAUGACGGAAGUGAACUUGAUGGCCUUGUUAUAAGUUCUAUCAUCGGAAAUCAACAAGCGUCUUUGCUAGGUCAGCAGUGCUUUAAAAUAGGUCAAGCUAAGAGCACAUAUCGCUCCGGAUGUUUUUUGCUGUGCAAUGUUGGCUCAAAGCCCGUCUAUUCUUCUCACGGUCUUGUGACAACGGUAGGAUAUAAAUUUGGAAAGGAACCUCCAGUGUAUGCUCUCGAAGGCAACAUUGCAAUCGGUGGUGCAGCUUUAAAAUGGCUUAAGGAUAACCUUGGCCUACUUUCAGAUGCCGCCGAGUCUGAGAGCCUUGCAAAUAUGGUCCCAACAACUGGUGAUUGCUAUUUCGUUCCAGCUUUCCGUGGUCUUUUCGCACCAUAUUAUCAGCAAGAAGCUCGAGGAGUUAUCUGCGGUUUGACCGCCUUCACAACGAAGAAUCACAUCAUCAGAGCCGCAUUGGAGACUGUUUGCUACCAAAUAACGGACAUUAUUGAAGCUAUGAAGAAAGAUGCUGGUUUUCAUCUCGCUAAACUUCACUGUGAUGGUAAAAUGGCUCAGAAUGGACUUCUAAUGCAACUGCAAGCAGACAUCAUACGUUCACAAACAAAUGAUACGACAAGUUUCGGUUGCGCUAUAGCAGCUGCACGUGCUGAAGGCAUAGACUUGAUCGAUUUUACUCCUCAAAAUCGUGUUUAUAACGUCAAGGUUCAUCAUGACACGUACUUGCCGACAUUGACCGAUGAAGACAGGAAAGGAAGAAACAAAAAGUGGAAGAUGGCGGUAGAGCGUUCUUAUGGAUGGGCAACAAGCAUUAAGAGUGCUGAAAUGACAAAUGAAAGAUAUGCAAUGCUUGCGUCAAUUCCAUUCACAAUGUUCAUGUUGAGUUCAUUUGGUCUGCUAUCAUUAUCAAAAGCACUUGAAUGAAAAUGGAAUCUUUCGGAGAAGUUCCAUAUCUAUCAACAGUGAUAAUCUUCAUUGGACGGUAGUAGUGGAGUGUUUGCCAUUAAACUUGUGACGCAACAAAUGUCGUAAAAUAUUUUUCCUUAUCGAGGCUUUAAUUUUUAGAUGAAAAUCCGUGGCUAGGUAGCUUCGAUUUAUUAUCAAAUUCAUACACGUACUUGAAUCCUAUUGAAUUUGGAAAAAUAUUCUUCGAAAACGUAGAUAUUUAGUGCAAUAAAUAUUAUAAAAAGAAAAAGACAAUUGCAAUGACAACAUACGUAGAUAUUUUUUUAAUGAUUUUUAUUUGGAACCACAAUUUGGAUAUCUUUUUAAUAAAUGGUGGAAUGUUCUUUGUUUCAUAUCUGUUAUCAAUCAGUUCGCUGCUUAAAAUUGUUAAAUUUUAAACAAAAAGUACAAUAUUUUAAUCUAAAUUUAAUUAAAUAAUUGAAAUUCGUAGUUAAUUAUUAAAUAUUUAAUCUAUUGGUUGUAAUUAUAUGAGAAAAAAAUAUAUUUUCGUGAAAAUUGUAAGAAAAAAUAAAAUUCCUUUGUUAUAAUUGAAUCAUAAAAAUCUAUAUUAGUAGUAUAAAUAAAAAUGAAAAUUCAUUGCAAUAAAGAAAAAAUUUAAUUGUUUCCUUCCUGGUC